AUGCCACAUGUCUUGGAGAAGGGAGUUGCCCUAAUCACUGGAUCGGUAGGCAAGAUGCCGAAGGCCACCAUUGCCAGGCUCAAUCUUGUGCACGUGUCUAGUCCUUAUAGGUUGUUCAUUUUGAGGGUGAUGCUUGAUCCUUGUCCUUCUGCACUUCUUUAUUCGGAAGCAGACACCCAGGAACCCAAGGGUUGCCACUUCGAGGUGAAGUGA